AUGCCUAGGAUUAUCCUUUCCAUUGGUGGCGGACAUGUCACUGGAAUACGAGAAACGGUAUCAUAUAUUAAAGUGGCGUUAUCAGAGGCGUUUGUCAACACACAGAUAUCCGUAGUAGAUUUAGACCAAUUGUUGGAGGAGAAGCCCAGAUCAUUUAGCGAUAAGGACUACGAUUUUGAGCAAAUAUAUCAACAAUUGAGUUCGCAGCAGGAUACAGAUCAAUGGGAGGCAGUUCUCCUAUGUGGAGCUUAUGCGCUAUUCAAUGACAAGAUAAACCAGCUGUCUCAACUAAAAGUGUUCCUAGAUAGCGAUGGAGAUAAAAGGUUGAUUGAUUUGAUUCACAGGAGAAACGCUACGACACCUGAAAAGCUAACAGUAUGCAUAGAUGAGUACAUGGACCAUUUAAGACCGGAAAUGCAGAAGUUUAUUGAACCGACAAAAUCGCGUGCGGACCUUAUCAUUCCGAGCAGCAGUGGGUCCGUUGGCUCUGCUAUCAUCGUUGACAGCAUAGUUAAAAUAGUUCAGGACAACAAGGGAGGCAGUUCGCAGACAAGGAAGCUAUUUCCUCACUUAGAUUUCCAGGCAGAACGCCUAGACAUAGAAAAGGAAAAGUACUACGAUUUAAGCUAG